AUGAGAUACUCCAUAGGAUUUGCAGCCCUCGCGGCUCUGGCCGUCGCAGCCCCAACUGAGACCGAGAAGAAUGUUGCAAAGCGCGCCCCAGCUGCAGCAUGCUCGACUGCUGUCAAGCUCGCCCCUGGCAGCAACCCCUUCAAAGGUCGCAACUUUUUCGCCAACGAUUAUUAUGCUGGAGAGAUCGCUGCCGCUAUUGAAACCAUGUCCGAUGCUUCUCUCAAGGCCAAAGCCGCUCAGGUUGCAAAGGUCGGCAGCUUCCUGUGGAUCGACACCAUCGCUCGUGUCCCAUUGGUAGACGAAAUCCUUAAGGAGGUUCCUUGCACCGACAUUGUUGGUAUCGUCAUCUAUGAUCUCCCAGGACGUGAUUGUGCUGCCAAGGCCUCCAACGGAGAGCUUAAGUCUGGCGAACUCUCGAGAUACAAGUCAGAGUACAUUGACCCAAUUGUCAAGGCUAUCAAGGCUAACCCAAAUGUCGCCAUUUCGCUGGUGAUCGAGCCCGACUCCCUUCCCAACUUGGUCACCAACUCCAACCUGACCACUUGCAUCGCAUCUUCCAGUGAUUACCAGGAUGGAACCGCAUACGCAUUGAAGCAACUAAACCUUCCCAACGUUGCUAUGUACAUGGACGCUGGUCACGGUGGAUGGCUCGGAUGGGACGCUAAUCUCCAGCCCGGUGCCGAUAUCUUUAACAAGGUCUACAAGGCUGCUGGCUCACCAAAGCAAGUCUUUGGCAUUGCCACCAACACCGCAGGCUGGAACGCUUUCUCGGCAUCCCCAGGAGAGUUCGCCUCUAGCUCUGAUGCCAAGUACAACAAGUGCCAGGAUGAGAAGCGUUACGUCGCUGCCAUCUCCCCUCUUAUCAAGAAGGGAGGCAUGCCCGCCCAGGCCAUUGUCGAUACUGGACGUAACGCCGUGCAAGGGCUUCGCCUGGAAUGGGGUGACUGGUGCAACGUUGACGGUGCCGGUUUCGGUGUUCGACCUACCAGCGACACCGGCGACUCGCUCGUCGAUGCUUUCGUCUGGAUCAAGCCCGGUGGAGAGUCUGAUGGAACUAGCGAUACCACUGCCAAUCGUUAUGACUCUUUCUGCGGCCACGCCGAUGCCUUCAAGCCUUCCCCAGAAGCCGGUGCGUGGAGCGAGGCCUACUUCGAGAUGCUCAUCAAUAACGCUAAGCCCGCAUUCUCUGGUUAA